CUGCAGGAUGACGUGAGGGUUAACAUUCAGUGUUAGUCUGCAAUGUAGAAAAUAAUACAAAGCCUUGAAUGAGAUGGUGUGUCCAAACUUUUGCCUGGUAGUGUGUAUUAUUAUAUAUUUAAGCCUGCAAAAAAAAAGAAGUCAUUUGAAAAGCUGUCAGUAAAUCAUUGUGAUGUCAUCACAACUUGAAGAAGAAAAAAAACAGUGCGGUUUAAGGACUUCCUCAAACGUUUCACAAGAACGAGAUAAAUGAUAAACGACAAGCACAUUCAGGCUGAGACUCACACCCUCAUAACGCUGCUUCAGUAACCUUCAGGAGACACGAUGGAAGCUGGAGAGGCGGUUUACACGUUGGUGGAAGCGCUCAUCGCUGUCAGCUGCUGUCUCGGUAACUUGCUGGUUGUUUUGGCUCUGUGGACCAGUAAAAGCAUUCGGCAGCCCACGUACUGCCUCAUCGUGUCUCUGGCCGUGGCUGACUUCAUGGUUGGCUGUGUGGCCAUACCGCUGGCUGUCGUCGUGGACGGACGAGUGGAGACUUCGUUCCACGCUUGUCUCUUCAUCAGCUGUGUGGUCGUCCUGCUGACUCUGGUUUCAGUCCUGUCUCUUCUGGCGAUUGCAGUGGACCGUUACCUGCGGGUCUACAUCCCUCUCAGGUAUAAAAGGACUGUAACCCAGAGACAUUCUUAUCUGGUGGUCGCUGCAUGUUGGCUUGGUUCAAUACCACUGAGUUUCACUCCCAUGCUUGGAUGGUACAACCACAAAAACCUGCCCGAGUCUGUCAAUUCUACAUUUGUCUGCCAGUUUAUCGCCGUCAUCCCCAUGUCUUAUCUGGUGUAUUUCAACUUCUUCCUCUGCACCUUGACACCUCUGUUGGUGAUGACUGCGUUGUACAGCUACAUCUUCUGUUCUAUUCGAGGAAACCUUCGCGAGAAACCAGGCAACGUUACCCCAAAGCAGUCCCAGAACUACCUGAAGAAAGAGAGGCAGCUUGCAGGAUCUCUGUCGCUGGUCUUGGCUCUGUUUGCACUGUCCUGGCUCCCUCUCCACUUCAUGAACUGCGUCGCUUACUUUGGUAAAGUAGACGACGUGCCGAAGUCAGCGUUCCACGUGGGCAUCGUGCUCACUCACGCUAACUCAGCUGUCAACCCGGUUGUAUACGCGUUCAAAAUACAAAAAAUCAAGACGGCGUAUCUGAGGAUCUGGAGACAAUAUUGUUCAUGUGCGGCAGAAAGUCAAGGAUCUCAGUCAAGCCAGACGACAGACAACAAUCCCAGCAGCAACAUGAACAGUGGGACCAACGAUGACUGAAGGCAGAUUUACUUGUUAGUGUCUCGAUGUUUUCAAGUUUGACUGAUAAAAUGUUUAACCCUCAUGUCGUCCUGUGGGUCAAAAUUGACCCAGUGUGAAGUUUGAAAAUGUGGCAAGAAUAUAUAUUUUCACAGUGAAACUUCUGAUGUCCACAUUUUCAACAUUUCUGGGAAAUCUCUGAUCAUUUUUUGGUGGAAAAAAGAAAUACUAAAAAUAUGUUUCUUAAGAACAUUCACAAAAAAAUUUUUUUGUGAAUGUUCUUAAAGAAAGUAUUAGAAGUUUUACUGAUGCAUAUGUAAUCACUUUAGAUAUUUUUAGGAUUUUUUUGGAAGAUUUUUAUUCAUUUUAAAA